CACACAGGGCUCUGUCUAUUGAAAGGGGACUUGGCAGAGUUCAGUGGUAGCAGAACAAACUCCAAGCCGUACUAAGGGACGUGCUUGGAGUGGACAAAACAUGCUAAUUGUGUGUGAGAAGGAUCUAAAGCUAAACCCAAAAUGAAGAGAGAAAGAGAAGCUUUGUCCAGAGUUCUCAGCACUCCGGGUUUUGUACAUAUCGUUUGCCUUUUUGUAAUCUACUAUGCAGAGCUGAUAGACGGAGUCAAUAUCACCAGUCCGGUAUUACUGAUUCAUGGUACAGUCGGGAAGCCCACCCUGCUCUCUGUGAAAUACACCAGCACAAGCAAUGACAAGCCUGUGAUCAAAUGGCAAGUGAAACGCAACAAGGCAGCGACAGUGGUGCAAUCCAUCGGCACAGGGAUCAUUGGGAACCUACGCCCAGAAUAUAGAGAUCGGAUAAAAAUCUUUGAAAAUGGCUCCCUUCUGAUCGAUGAGUUGCAGUUAUCCGAUGAAGGGACCUAUGAAGUGGAAAUCUCCAUCACGGAUGACACUUUUACGGGCGAGAUGAACAUUAAUCUUACAGUGGAUGUUCCGGUUUCAAAGCCUCACGUUGCCUUGGCCUCCUCAACUGUGCUGGAGCUGAGUGAAUAUUUCUCUUUCAAUUGUUCCCACGAGAAUGGCACUAAGCCCAACUAUACAUGGAUGAAGGGCAACAAGCCUCUUAGCAAUGACUCUCGGCUGAUCCUCUCCCAUGACCAGAAGAUCCUCACCAUCACUAGAGUUCUGAUGGCCGAUGAUGACACUUACAGCUGUCUGGUAGAGAACCCCAUCAGCAAAGGACAAAGUGUUCCUGUAAAACUGACAGUGUACAGAAGGAGCUCCCUCUAUAUAAUCCUGUCCACCGGGGGAAUUUUCCUUCUGGGUACCUUAGUGACCGUUUGUGCCUGCUGGAAACCAUCCAAGAAGAACAAAAGGAAACUAGAGAAGGAAAGUUCCUCAGAAUACCUGGACCAGAACGAAGAACGCUUAAAACACAAUGUUGAGGUUGUUCCUAGAAGCAGUGAACAUGAACGCAAGAAUCCAGUGGCUUUGUAUAUCCUGAAGGACAAGGAUUCUCCUGAAGCUGAAGUGGAAUCCAUCCCUGACUCCAGAGAAGCUAUUCAACCUUUACCACCCAGUUAUUCCAGUUCUCCACCUCCUCCUGCAAGAUCCCCUGGACUGCCUGUUUGGGCUGCCCGUAGACACCAUCGCUCCCCUGCCAGGUCUCCGGUCACUUCCAGAACACAGAGCUCCCCCACCAGGCCCCCCAGCUCACCUGGACGGGCCCCAAAUGCCACUCGCUUGGUUCGGACUGCAGGGCCUCAUCUUAUCCGAGAGCAACAGGGGGAGCCCAACACCAUGGAAAUCAAUGCUUAAAGACAGCUGGCAGAGUGUAUAUAUGUGCCUGUGUAUAUAGAGACAACUCCCUUUCCUGUGACUGUUUCCAGAGAUAGCAGUAAGUCAACUCUAGGCAUUUUUGCACAUGCCAAUGGGUUUUGCCUAGUAAAUGGAAGAAGUUUGGAUCCUGUUUCUAGAUUAAAAAGUGAACCCCAGUGUUUCCACUGAUUGCCUGAACUUGCUUCAUGUAAUUACGGUAGGUUUGAUGCUCCAAAGUUCUGCAUGUUUCAAAGAGCACUAACUUGCUAUAUGUAACAUCCGCCAAACAGCAUACAAUUAUUGCUUCAGCUUUUUUUAUUUGCAAAAAAAUGGUGAUGACCAGCUAGUUGCCAUAAAAUCUGGUGAUUCCAUCCAAACCUUGUGAGACUUAUGAAUGUAUUGCUAAUAGGUAGGAGAACUGAAAGACUACACAAUUGCUAUUUCUAACAGUGAAGAAAGUAUGUUUGGAUUGCAGUUUUAUCUAUGUUUAUUCCUAGAUGUUGCAUUCAAUCCUGUCUGACUUAUACAUAGUUAAGAGUUUCAGGAUUACAACCAUAAAUAAUUUUGCUUAUAAAAGACAUAUUUCAUCAACUAGAUAGUCAUCUACUGCAGCCAACAUGGUGAAGCAUUGUGAGACAUCUUAAACUUUAACAUAUGUUUUUCUUCACCUGAGCCCUUUUCAUAAAGCAUAUUAAAUAUUUUAUAACAUUUCUCCUCCUCCUCCUCCUCCUCCUCCUCCUCCUCCUCCUCCUCCUCUUCCUUCUCUUUCUCUUUCUCUUCCUCUUUCUCUCUGUUUCUCAAUAAAUAAAUAGUUCAGCCAUUAUGUGAUACAUAGAGUACCUCUUUAAACACACAAGUCUUUCUUAUCUUAACACUUUCCAGGUUCCUUGGAAUCCACAGUGAUAAUUCUGGAAGUUGAAACACAACAUAUCUAGAAGAAAUUAGAUUGUAGAAAAUUGUGUAAGAGGUUUAAUGAUUUAUUCAUAACAAACUUGUUUGAAGACAUUAGGUGGCAGUCUUGUAUAAACUGAUACGGAACACUGAUCAACAUGUUCUUAUGCUUCUGGUAUGGGUUGCUAACUCUUAUGGAUAAAUUAAAAGUGGGGCUGCUGGGCAGACCUGUGAUUACGAUCCAGCAGGUCUUGUCAUGUGCUCUGAUGUUGCAAGAUGGAUUUGCAAACGAGUAAAUCCUAUAGUAGGAGCUGAUGACGAUAAAACCUUUGCAAAAUCAAAGGUCCUUCAGGCCAGUCAAGUCCAAAGUAGAGAAAUGCCAAUCUGUGAUCAGCAGUGUUUAGCAUACUUCUCUACACUGUAAUUCAGAUUUUGACUCUAUAAUGAAACUGGGCUAAACUGCAUUAGAAAAGAUAGUUUGACAACAGUACAACAUAAAGCUAUCUCUUGCUCUAUGUUCUACUUGUAAGAGCUGUGGUGGUGCAAUGGUUAGAAUGCAGUACUGCAGGUUAAUUCAGCUGAUUGCCGACUGCCAGCAGUUUGGUAGUUCAAUUCCCACUGGCUCAAGCCUUUCAUCAGCCUUCCAUCCUUCUGAGGUUGGUAAAAUGAGGGCCCAGAUUGUUGGGGGCAAUAUGCCCACUCUGUAAACCUCUUAGAGAGGCUGUAAAGCACUGUGAAGCGGUAUAUAAGUCUAAGUGCCAUUGCUGUUGCUAUUGCUCUGCCACAAAUGGCCACAAAUGGAUUAUACUUAAACUAGGCCGGUCUUCCCCAACCUAAAGCCCUCCAAAAAUGUUGAGUUAAAUUUCAGUUCCCGGAAUUACUUGCUAGCAUUAGUUACAUGAGACAAUUAAGUCUCAAAUCAUUUAGGAGAAAAAUGCUGGAUGUGAUCUUUGCAGACUUUUCCCAUCUAAUUUAGAAUGUGAAAGGAAUAGUGAUUGGAUUUAAAAGUGGAUGAUAUGCAGCAUAAACCUAUACAACGUGUAUACAAAGUAGACCCUAUUGAUGGCAUUGUAUGUAUAUAGGCAUGCGGGAAGAGAGGGAGAGAGGGAGAGAGAGAGAGAGAGAGAGAGAGACGAAGAAUGCAGCUCUGGAUGUGCUAAUAGGUGCUUUUAUUUUGAUUGGCCUUAAGUAUGCGAAAAAUGACUGGUCCUCACAUUUACAACCAUGGCAGCAUCCUCACGGUCAUGCGAUUAAAAUUUGAGCGCUUAGCAACUAGCAUGGAUUUCUGACAGUUGCAGCAUCCUGGGGUCAUCUGAUCACCAUUUGAGAACUUCCCAGCCAGCUUCCAACAAGCAAAGUCAAUGGGGGAAACCCGGUUCACUUAGCAAUUGCCUGAUUCACUUAAUGACUGCAGCGAUUCACUUAAUAACCAUGGCAAAAAGGCAAAAAGGUAAUAAAAUUGGGCAUGACUUACUUAAAAAUCACCUUCUUUAGCAAUGGAAAUUCUGGUUCCAAUUGUGGUCAUAAAUUGGGACUACCUGUCAUUUUUCAUAUAAAGGAAUUCAAGUAUCUCUUUGUACCACCCACUGGUGGUUAGAAGGCAUCUGAUCCAGGGAUGUUAUUCAUCCUUGGCCCAGAAUAAGAUUCUUAGAGAAGAAUCCUUUUGGUUCAAUACUAUAAAGGAAGUCAUUUAGGAUAGGUAUCAUUGCCCAGUUCUUCCCUUCUUUCAUGUUUAGCUAUCAUUCCAACACUUCACUGCUCUUCAACUCAUUUGUUCUGACCUAGGCUUCCUGAGUCAUUAAAACACACGAGUAGUCCCAAAAAUCUCUUUUAUUGCAACAGCUGUGAAUUCUCUUCAUUCACAGAUGAAUCCCAAUUAGUUAUAAAGAAUCUUUCAGGAGAAGUCUUUCAGGAUAAUCACCCACCUUUAUCUCCCUUGACACGCUACCAAAGACCUAAUUGGCAAAGCCACACGGAGUCCAGAAUCAAACAGAGCUUCAGGCUUUAAGCUGAACUGAAUGAACAAAUGUUGCUUCCUGAAAAGGCUCAUGUGCCUUUGCUCCUCUUUUAAGUCUUAUGGGAGGGGCCAAUCAUCGCCCAGACCUACUCCUGAGUCAUCCCUUUUGUUUUAGCUGUUCUUGCCUUCUGGCAGCUCUGCGCAUGUGCACACUGGGAACAGGCUCCCCCUAUUCGUCUGCCUCACUGAGGUCUGGCUCUGGAGGCUCCGGAGGCAACACGUACCUCCCAGAUGGCCCUUUCUCUGCCUCCGACACAGAGCCCUUGUCCCAGCCUUCCCCAGAGUCCAGGACUGGCCCGUGGUCCUCCCCAGCCUCCUCACUGUCCAACUCUGCUACCAGCUCUGCAGGCUGCUGCUGAACAUUAUUAGAAUUUCCACUGGCCGCAUAGAGAAGGGGCAACAAGUGAAUUUUAAAGCCGAUGAAACGGCUGACCUUGCAUGAGGGAAAAGAAUAUGGGUAUGGGAGGAGGUGGAGGUGGUGGAGGAGGAAGAUGUUAAAACCGAUGAAAAAACUGUCCUUCCAUGAGGGAAAAGAAUAUGGGUAUGGGAGGAGGAGGAGGAGGCAGAGGGGGAGGUGCGCUAUUUAAUCUUUUCCUACAACCCCGCCCCCCCAGCCCCUUGGCAGACUCAAGUGCCUCCUGUCCUGUGUCUGGCUUGAAGAGUGCAUCGGCAGUUCACAUUAGCUCACUGCAUUUCUUAAUCCAUGAUAAAUGUGGGGUAAGAUGUGUUACGUGUGGUGGAAAUCCCCUCAGUACACAUGAAAGGGAAUUAAUGAAACAGAGUCGAUCCUAUUAGUUCCAGAUUGAGAGAGAGAGAGAGAGAGAGAGAGAGAGAGAGAGAGAGAGAGAUGUGGAGGAAUGGAGAAGGGGAGGGUGAGGAAGGCUUGUCGGUUUGAUUUAUUUAUUUAUUUCUAAAAUGCAUUCCUCUCCUACUAGACACAGCUCUUCAAGUUCAAAAAAAAACAGGCUUCAAAAUAGCAAAUUUAAAAUGAAAUACAAGCAAGCAUUUGAGGAGAGCUAAGCAGAAAAAUGAAAAAAAAACCCCAGCAUUUUUUAAAAAAGUAAUGACCCGAUUGCAGCACAGAAGAAGAAUAUUAAAAUUAAUAAAAGAGGAGGGUGUGUCAAAAAGUUUCUGGUGUGGGAAUUCUGUAGCUAAGAAGGCCAUAAUGGAGAAUGUUUCGUUCAAGAAGCUCUGCUUGUACGAGACAUUUACUAAUGAUUCAUUUAAUGGAUCUGAUUCUGAGGGCUUGCAAACCACAACAAUGCAGUCAGACUGGUUGAGGGCAAAAUCUCCAUUCCCCCCACCCCACCCCCAUUUUGUGGGUGUUGGAGGGAAUUCUUGAAGACACCAGGAGUGUCAAACUCAAUUUCAUUGUAGGCCGCAUCAGGGUUGUGUUUGACCUUGGGGACCGGGUGGGCAUGGCCAGGAUAGGUAUGGCCAGCUCGACGUCACUCGUGUCGGGGGCGCCUGUGGUGGCCCAAGCACUCUGCCAGUGAAAACGGAGCUUGGGAGGCUGCGAUGGCCUCCUGCAACCCUCUGCCAGUGAAAAUGGAGCGGCCCUCCCAAGCUCCGUUUUCAUUGGCAGAGGAUUGCAAAAGGCCGUUGCAGCCUCCCAAGCUCCGUUUUCACUGGCAGAGGCACUGCAUGCCGGUCCUUCGCUGUUUCCAGGGCAGCCCUACAGGCCAGAUUUAAGCACCUCACAGGCCGAAUUCAGCUUCUGGGCCUUGAGUUCGACAGCCCUUCCUUACACUAUAAAAUGGGCAGAGUCAUCAAUAUUACCAGUUGACUACUAACUUUCAGCCUGUGAUCCUGAGGGCUUCUGGAUGGCCUACCAAUCACGAGGAUUCCAAAGAGGCUAAGCCCAAACAAACCUCAUUAUAGGUUUGUCAGCACUAUUUUAAGACCAGGACUUAAGUUGGUUAAAUCUACAGUAGCUACUAGCACAGGAACUAAUGUUCUAGUUUUAUCAACUUGAUAACUUUGUGGAGAAAAAAGAUCCCAAAACAUGCCCAAGCAUUUAUGGAUUGAUUGUGAGAUCUACUAGGUCAGCAAAUGAAAAUAGGAGGCAUACAGGUAGAUCUCGAUUUACAACCGUUCAUUUAGUGACCAUUCAAAGUUACAACUGCUCUGCAAAAAGUGACUUAUGGCCAUUUUUCACACUUAUGACUAUUGCAGCGUCCCCAUGGUCAUGUGAUCAAAAUUCAGACACUUGGCAACUGGCAUGUAUUUAUGACGAUCGCAGCAUCCCGGGCUCACGUGAUUCCCUUUUGCGACCUUCCAACAAGCAAAGUCAAUGAGCAAGCCAAAUUCACUUAACAACCAUGUUACUAGCUUAACAACUGCAAUGAUUCAUGUAACAACUGUGGCAAGAAAGGUUAUAAAAUGGGGCAAAAUGUGUACUUAAGAAAUGUGUCACUUAACAACAGAAAUGUUAGGCUCAAUUGUGGUCCUAAGUUGAGGACUACCUGGUUACAUUUCUGAACCAACCAAAGGACAUAUUUUACCCAUCACAUUUGAUUAUAAUAUGGUUUGUUUGGCAUGUUUAUGAUAUUUACAAACCACUGUGGCAUACAGAUAGUCCUCGACUUACAACCAUUCAUUUACAAACCAUUUAAAAUUACACCAUGGUGGCUCAGUGGUUAGAAUGCAGUAUUGCAGGCUAAUUCUGCCCACUGCCAGGAGUUCGAUCCUGACUUGCUUAAGGUUGACUCAGCCUUCCAUCCUUCCAAGGUUGGUAAAAUGAGGACCCAGAUUGUUGGGGGCAAUAGGCUGACUCUGAAAACUGCUUAGAGAGUGCUAUAAAGCAUGGUAACAGCAUCCCAGGAUCGCAUCACAAUUUGUGUCCUUUCCAACUGGUUUCUGAUAAGCAAAGUCAACAGGGGAAGCCUAAUUCCUCUAACAACCAUAGAGAAAAAUAGGUUGUAAAAUUGCAUGAUGACUCACUUAAUGACCACAUCGCUUAGCGAUGGAGGUUCUAAUCCCAGUUGUGACUGUAAAUCAAGAUCUACCUAUACUGUUACCAUUGGGUCUUAUUCAACAAACAGGCAAAGCACAGCUUUGCGUAAGAAGGGGAAAUUCUUGUUUGGAUUCAGUCAUGAUUGGAACGAUGGGCAAAUGGUCAGAGAGGAAAGCAAACUAUGGCAGUUAAAUAUAAGGAAGUAUAAGGAGUCAGACUCAACAUCAGUACCACUUUCUUGGGCAAUUGAAGUCCUCCUCCACCACCACCAACACUACAGAGUCCAUUGCCACCAAUGCAAGCCAGGUCAACAAUGAGCUAGAUGUUUAUUGGAAGCCUGCUCAGACCUGGCGCCAGCCUAGAAAGGGACAUCAAAGAGAUCCCAGCUAUUUUCUUUUAUACUGGCUCAACUGUUGAGAAGCAACAGCAAACUAUGGGACUGCACAGUCCUUUUGAUCAUCCCGUUAAGAAGAGGCUCAAAAACAGUUCCAGAAUGCAGGAUAAGGUCAGCCCUUUCUUCAUCCCCCUUCCUAAAGGACCCAUACUACCAGUCCCUAAGCUAGGGGCUGUUUCUAAUGCCCUUUCCGUUUUUCCAUGAAAACGUGCUGAAAAGCAGCCCACCGCCACUCCUCUCUCUCUCCCCCCACCCAGAUCACUCUUCCCUGAAUGGGAAAAUAGCUGGAACAAAGCCGGGCUGCAUUGGAAUUGGGGGGGGGGGUUUCUGAGCAGCUCCCUUUUUGUCUAAGACCAGCUGGGAAUGCGGGAUAAAAAGAAGCCCCCUUCUUUUACAGCCUGGGCCAUUUCCAUUGAGCAGCAAUCAAGCAGAAUCCAGCUCCGAUUCUUGCUUCUUUAUUUCCUUCCUACUCCUCUUCUCUCUCCCCCCUUCUUCUCCAUCCACUCUGCAACCCAACAAUAACACCCCCUCAUCUCCCCCGCCCGCCUGCUCUUUUUUCUUUGACGUCCUCCCCUUUCAUGGGGCCAACCCUACAAAUGAGUUGUACUUUCUGAUUUAACUAACUUGGGGAAACAACUUUGGACUCUAUCUUUCUUUUCACAGGGGGGAAGCUGGCAGCCAAAGGGAUGCGAGGGAGCUGGAAAAGCAAGGGACUGGGGCAGGAGGGGGCAAACUGAGGGGGGCGGCUUAUAGGGGAAAGGUGGUUGCUACGGGGAUGAUGCGCAGGCUGCCAAGAGAUGGGGUAGAGCAAAGGGGACCAUCAGACUUAGAGAAAGACCUAUCCAUCAACACAGCUCACCUGCAGGGAAAAGGUGGGAGGUACGCUGCGAGGUAGAGCUCUCUCUCUCCCCCCUCUCUUUUUCUCUUUCUCAGAUUUAUUUAUUUUUUUAAAAAAAACCAGCCCUGAUGUGCUCCACUUCCCACUUUGUUGCUGUCAAAAGCCUCCACGAAUGCAAACCAGGCCUGACAAUGGCUUCCUUGCUGGAGAUGGGCGUGAGGAGAAGGCAACGCCUCAGGACGUCUUGAAAGAGGCCUGUCCUCCUGUGGGGAUGAUUAGGGGCCAAUGUAAAGGUCAUUUGGGCAGAAAAAAAAGGCCCACGCUGGUUGCGGUUAUGCCGGGACUACCUGCCUACUAGGCAGGAGUGUGCCUGGGCAGCCCCCACUGGGCUGGGUUCACAGGUGAAAAAGAGAGGGGCUGCAAACACACUGUUGCGAUGGCCCUGUGCCAAGAUGAAGCACCAUGGACUUUCAAUGGUUGCCUUUGUUUGUUGCAGAAGCUCCUUUCUCGGUCCUCACUGGAGCCACUUCUGGAUGAAUUAUUAUUUAUAUACAAACAAAUGGGUGGGGAGGAGAUUUGGUGAAGGGCACUUCAGGCCUCAUACAGUCCCUUCCAAAGGGGCUGCAUUCACAUACCUUUUUCUAAUGGAUAAGUCAACUAUGCAUUCCUUGGUCCAGCCAUUUGUGGAAGCUUACACAGAACCAUCAGCUAACCGUACAAGCCUGGCUUGGGAAACAUGGGAGCUAAAAUGGAACUAACUAGUUUGUGGUUUAAUGUGACAAGUAAAUGCAGCUUGUUCAAAUUUAAUGCCAGACUAUACCAUGUUUAGCUAGUCUAAUACACACUGUAUAUUUCUGUACUGUAUAUUUCUGCUGGGUGUAUGCUACUGCACAUCACACCCAGGGCCACUCUUUGAGGGAAGAAGACCACAAGAAACACAAAAUACAUAAGUAAGUAAAUAAAUAAAUUGUUGACAAAAGCG